CGUACUUUCCUGGGCGGGAACAGCAAAAUGGCGCCAGAACUAGUGGCGGGCUGAGGACACUGGCCCCCCUCGAAACCGGCUCCGCGGUCCCCGGGCCGCCCCGGCCCCUCCCGGACAUGGAGGACGUGGAGGCGCGCUUCGCCCACCUCCUGCAGCCCAUCCGCGACCUCACCAAGAACUGGGAGGUGGACGUGGCGGCCCAGCUGGGCGAGUAUCUGGAGGAGCUGGACCAGAUCUGCAUUUCCUUUGACGAGGGCAAAACCACAAUGAACUUCGUGGAGGCCGCGCUGCUGAUCCAGGGCUCUGCCUGUGUCUACAGCAAGAAGGUGGAGUACCUCUACUCGCUGGUCUACCAGGCCCUGGACUUCAUCUCUGGCAAGAGGCGGGCCAGGCAGCUGCUGGUGCGGGAAGACGGGGCCGGCAGGGAUGCCAGCUCCAGGGCUGCCCAGCCGGUGGAGGACGAGUUCCUGUCGCUGGACGACCUGCCCGACACCCGAGCUAAUGUGGACCUCAGGCACGAGCAGGCCCCCACCGAGGUUGUCAUCGUCCCCCUCCUGCCCAUGGCCCUGGUCGCCCUGGACGAGACGGAGAAGAACAACAACCCCCUGUACAGCUGUCAGGGGGAGGUCCUGGCCAGCCGCAAGGAUUUCAGGAUGAACACAUGCACCCCUCACCCCGGAGGAGCCUUCGUGCUGGAGCCGGAGGGCCUGUCCCCCAGGGAGACCCUGCCGCCGAGGAAGGAGGCUGGGGGUGCUGAGGAGCAGCCAAUGGAAAUCUCCGUGAACAAGAGUCCGGCUGCUGUGCCCAGCAGACCUCAGGAGCCAGGCACCUCUCCGGAAGGCCCGAUGCCCGGAGGCGGGGGUGAGGAUGAGGAUGCAGAGGGGGCAGCAGAGCUCCCUGAGGCCAUGACCCCUGAGGUCCCCCUGGAGCCCCAGGAGCCCAGGAGCCCGCAGCAGGGCACUGCCCAGCCCAGGAGGUUUGAGCUCCGGGAGAGGCGAGAGGCCCUGGAGCCUGUGUCCCUGCCGAAGGAGACGCCAGACCCCUGGCAGAGCCUGGACCCCUUCAACUCUCUGGACUGUAAGCCCUUCAAGAAAGGUAGGCCCUUCUCUGUGCCCCCCUGUGUGGAGGAGGCACCAGGGCAGAAGCGCAAGAGGAAGGGUGCUACCAAGCUGCAGGACUUCCACCAGUGGUACCUGGCCACCUAUGCCGACCACGCUGACAGCCGGCGGCCCCGGAGGAAGGGCCCGUCCUUUGCAGACAUGGAGGUCCUGUACUGGAGACACGUGAAGGAGCAGCUGGAGACGCUCCAGAAGCUGCGGAGGCGGGAGGCAAGUACUGGCCGAGGCGGGCCCCAGACAGCCCUGGGGGUGGGAGACGGCAGUGGCCUCACGGUCUCUGCACAGGUGGCCGAGCAGUGGCUGCCGAGGGCCGAGGAGGGGCUGUGGCCUGCAGAGGAGGACCGCCUGGAGGACUCCCUGGAGGAGCUGGGGGAAGCAGCAGACGACUUUCUAGAGCCUGAAGAGUACACCGAUGAGCCUGAGGGGGCACAGCCUGUGGAAGCUGCAGACCUGGAAGCAGAGGCCGCGCCAGCGUCCCUGAGCUACGAGGAGCUGGUCCGAAGGAACGUGGAACUCUUCAUCACGACGUCUCAGAAGUUCGUCCAGGAGACGGAGCUGAGCCAGCGUGUGAGGGACUGGGAGACCAGCAUCCAGCCCCUGCUGCAGGAGCAGGAGCAGCACGCGCCCUUUGACAUCCACACUUACGGGGACCAGGUGGUCUCGAGGUUCAGCCAGCUCAACCAGUGGUGUCCCUUUGCGAAGCUGGUGGCCGGCCAGCCUGCCUUCGAGGUGUGCCGUGCCAUGCUGGCCUCCCUGCAACUGGCCAAUGACCACACAGUAGAGAUCACCCAGCAGCCGGGGCUGGAGGCGGCUGUGGACACCAUGUCCCUAAGGCUACUCACACACCAGCGGGCUCACAAGCGCUUCCAGACCUACGCCGCCCCUUCCAUGGUUCAGCCCUGAGUGGGGAGUGCUGGGACCGGGGGGGUGGGCCUGGAAGCCCCGUCCCCCCGGACACUGGGCAACACCUGCUCACUGCACACGUGCUUCCUGGCUGGCCCAGCCUAAUAAAGUGUUGUCAUCCCACCGACCCCUUAAA